AUUCAAGGGGGUGGUGUCACUCAUUUUGUCGCCGUGCCAACAACUUGGCCUACUCAUGCUAUUAAAAUGUGGAAAGUGCAGACAUUUAUCGUAAAUAUGAAUAAUCAUAAGAAUGAAGUUAUAGUAUCCGUUUCCCUCUCUUGAAAUGAAUAAAACAACAAAAAUGCAGCGUGUCAUGUUACCGAGAAACCGCCAAGCGUCAGCUCCUCUGUCCUGAAGAUGUCAGAAACCUUAAAGCUGACACUGGAGGCUCCUUCAGUGUUAAAUGCUUGUCUCUUUACAGUAAACUUUCGCAAAAAUUAGACACUUUUUUUUUUUUCUCUUAAUAAUCCAUUUAUGUGGAGUGUCCGCUAUAAAGGUCACUGUGAACAAGCUGUUACUAUAGAAACGAUAACAUGUUAGAAUGAGAACAGAUGAUUUGCAGCUGCCUUACGGUCAUCGCAGCUGUUAUAGAAAAUUAAUUAACACCUUCUGACCAAUCAGAACGGAGAAUCCAACAGUAAGUGGCGCAAUCCGAUUUGACCCUUUCGGUUGGCGUCAUGGCGAGGCUCGGUAGCCUGGAGCUGCACCGAUUGAUCUGUGUGAUUGAUUGUGAACUCCAAUGAGUGGAGGACAAUGAGUGUGUGAUCAUUCUCUCUCUCUCUCUCUCUCUCACACACACACACACACACACACACACACACAUACACACGUAUUUUGAUUAUACAGCCACUCACAAAUCCUCACUACCUGUCAGCUCUUGGAACGAUGUUUGUUUCCCGUCUCGUUGGAAAUAAUCUGAUGUUAUGGCUGCUGUGCCCCUCCCCUUGGUGACUGGGCCCCUGUUGUGAUCAAUAUAGUCGUGUGUUAAUGUGUGAGAGAGACAGCGCUGUGUGUGCAGAAUAAAUAUUGAUACGAAUGGAGCACGGGUCCAAUUGAUCCGCUCGGGUGGCGAGCGUGUGGUCCUGCGCGAGAGAUCUAGCACCGCAGCUCGGACUGGACAUCCGUGUCGGGGCCAUGAGGCUGCUUUCAUGAGGAAGACGAGGAGGAAGAGCGCACCGAGUGCUCAUGUGUGACCGUAAGAGCUCCAGGAGACACGGAGGGAAGAGGGAGUCGUCGUCGUCGUCAUCAUCAUCGUUGCCUCGAGCCUUCGAGGCAGCACCGGGAGGGUCAGAGGGUCCAGCAUCGCUGGGUGAAGUGAAGGAGUUUCUCGCUAAAGCCAAAGAAGAUUUCCUUAAGAAAUGGGAGAAUCCAGCACAGAACACCGCGUCUCUGGACCUGUUUGAGAGGUUGAAGACGCUGGGCACGGGCUCCUUCGGUCGAGUCAUGUUGGUCAAGCACAAAGAAACGGGACAGCACUUCGCCAUGAAGAUCCUCGACAAACAGAAGGUGGUCAAGCUGAAACAGAUAGAACACACACUGAACGAGAAACGCAUCCUGCAGGCUGUUAGCUUCCCCUUCCUCGUCCGGCUGGAGCACUCCUUCAAGGACAACACUAACCUGUACAUGGUGAUGGAGUAUGUUCCAGGAGGAGAGAUGUUCUCUCAUCUGAGGAGAAUCGGCAGGUUCAGUGAGCCUCAUGCUCGCUUCUACGCCGCCCAGAUAGUCCUGACCUUUGAAUACCUUCACUCACUCGACCUCAUUUACCGGGAUCUUAAGCCUGAGAACCUGCUCAUCGAUCAGCAGGGCUAUAUACAGGUCACGGAUUUUGGCUUUGCCAAGCGUGUAAAGGGCCGGACCUGGACGCUGUGCGGCACUCCUGAGUACCUGGCUCCAGAAAUUAUCCUCAGUAAAGGCUACAAUAAAGCAGUGGACUGGUGGGCUCUGGGCGUGCUGAUUUACGAGAUGGCCGCCGGAUAUCCCCCGUUCUUUGCUGACCAGCCCAUUCAGAUCUACGAGAAGAUCGUCUCAGGCAAGGUGCGCUUCCCCUCCCACUUCAGCUCAGACCUGAAGGACCUGCUGAGGAACCUGCUCCAGGUAGACCUGACCAAGCGCUUCGGCAACCUCAAGAACGGCGUCAACGACAUCAAGGGCCACAAGUGGUUCGCCACCACCGACUGGAUCGCCAUCUAUCAGAGGAAGGUCGAAGCCCCCUUCAUCCCGAAGUGCAAAGGUCCGGGUGACACCAGCAACUUCGACGACUACGAGGAAGAGGAAAUCCGGGUGUCCUUCACAGAAAAAUGCGCAAAGGAAUUUGCAGAGUUCUAGAGCCAGCCUGGAGAGGCGGAGGGAGAGAGCGACGGAGUGAUAUGGAUGGUGGAGGGCGGGGCAGCAGGAAAAAAGAGAGAGAGAGACAGAGAGAGAGAGAGAGAGAGAGACAGAGAGAGAGAUAGAUGAUGAUGGACUGGACUUGAGUCUGUAUUCAGUAAACAACAAGAACAACAACAAUUUAGAGCCCCCCCUCUUCUGUAUCCACACACACACUCACCUCACACACACAUGCUUAUAUACACACACACACACACACGAGAGAGGGGGAGGGGGGUAUUUAAAAAUGUCCCAAGAAAGCCAGCAGUGUUGCCUUUCGAGAUCGUUUGUCACUUAUUGUUCUUGUUAGAGUUAUAAUUAUUAUAUUUAUCCAUUUUCAUCUCUUUCCAGAGUCUUAGUGAGGGUCAUCUAGGUCGAGGUGCAGUUGUCUCUUUGCGUUUUACACACACACACACACACACACACACACACACACACACACACACACACACACACACACACAGAGCUUCGUCUCUGAUAUAUUUUUUUUUAAACAUGGCUUUGUGCUCUCUCUCUCUCUCUCUAUCUCUCUCUCUCACACACACACACAAACACACAUUCUCUGCUCUGUUGUCUUGGUUCCCUGUUUUGAAUUUUUUUCAUUUGUUUUUUUGAGUGUUCCCGUCCCAAAUCUGUCCAAGCAAUACCGAGACGGCAAACAGGUGUUUUGUUGGAGGGGAGGGGAGCCAUUUUUUUCCCAUAGUGUGGAAAUCAUCACAUAAUUCUCAUUCUUGUUCUCAGAGCCGGUUCAGGAAGCGGCCCUCCUGCUUGUUCGUCCCACAUUUACAUCUUCUGUGUCUUAACUUUUUUCUUUUUCCCCCCAAACGAGGGGUGAAAACGCACCAGGGUUCGAUUCAUAUGGACAGCAUAUGUGAACGCGUCAUGGUUACCAUGUGGAUUGUCAGCGUCAGCCAUUUGGAGUCGUUAGUAAGUAGUUAUUAGUAAUGAAAGUCCUCUGGAUAACCAAAAAGUUGUCACAGGAUUAGAGCUAAAAUGAAUUGCUUUUAGACCAAAUGAGGUGUUUUUUUUAAAGCCCUCAAGCUGACAGACUGACUUCCACUUCUCUGCUGAAACAUUGAAAGCAUCGUGGUUUGCUAUAUAAAAGGGGCGGGGCUUGGAUUUAGUGGUUUUGUUCGAGCUGGAAGCUUUGCUAAUUUCUGAGCCAGAAAAGUGUAAACUAGUCGGGACCGUUGCUAGGCAAUAUCACAUAUAUCGCUAUGUUGUCUGAAAUAUAUAAUAUAAUCUAACCUAGUUUUAUUUUUAUGUAUCGCAUAAAAAUCACAGAUCUUUCUAAGCAGUGCUCUUUCACAUGCCGGCAUAACGGAGGAAGCUGACUGCCCUCUUCCACAUACUUGAGCACACAGAUGCUCAUGAUUGGCUAGUGUCACUGUGAUUGACAGGACAGAGAGUGUAUGCCCCUCCCACCCAGAGAGCAUGGCCAAUUGUUUUACACUCUCACUCCCAGCCACGGAUGGCUGUGUCAUUGUUGGGAUAGGAACUCUCGGCGCUUUCUCGGCGGACGGAUGAACGCUAUCCUGUUGCGGCGCUCGUGAGCUCCCUGAAUAUCACUUUCGUAGCAUACUGUUAUAUAAUACACUGUAGCUCAUGACAUUAAUGUCUGCUUCUGUUUGACAUAUUUGAAACUUAAUGAAGUAAAUCAUUACUGAAAUGAGGGAAAAAAAUGUGAAAGAAAUCGCUCCGGAGUGAAGAAAGAGAAACGACGUCUGUUGUUUUUGUCUUGUUUAUACGUGCUGAGUAGAUUUUCUGCUGCAAAAAUGCAACAAUGGUUGUUUUUACACUCAGUGUGACACAACCAGCAUGUUUUACAUCCUCUUAGUGAUGGUUAAAAGACGGCUUCAUAUUCACUUCAUGAGCAACCCUGUCGAGCUCUCUUUCUAUCUUCCUAUUUCUUUUUUACUUAAAGUUUUUUUUAAAAUUUAUGAUUCAAAUAAUGCAGAAUUAAUUAAAGAAUUAAUAAUAAAUUCUGCUUUUUUCCCCCCCCCUCAAGUCACAAGGCUGUAUGUGUGCAGGAUGGACUUUCAGCAAGAGCUCUUCAUCUUUCACACGACUCUCUGUGGAAGGAAAAAUGGCUCUUGCUCCAUCAUUCUGUACGACACGAAGACAAUCUGAACGUGUCUCAGUGACUGUCUUUAGCACUCCACCAUGUGCGAUAUUGCUUAUUUUAAUCUCUGCUUUGUGCAAUUUUGCGUCAGCCAGUUCGGAUGCUCACGAUUGUUUUGAGGACGGUCAUGUGAUUCAUAUUAUUUUUUUAAACAAACUGUUUAGUGUAACAAACAGGAACAAAACAAAAAGUCUACAGAAAGAUGUUUGAGGAAAUGCUCUGUAGCGUUUUCUCAAUUCUGCUGCAAGUGAACUGAUUCCAGCAACCGGAGAUUGUCAUUCUCCUUGAGUUUUCGAUGAAGUUUAUGGGGCAUCACAAAUUGUAGGUUUAGAGCACUUCCUUAAAAAUAAAAUGCUUCAGUUUAUUGUUUCGCUGUUAAUUCGCUUUUAGGCCACUUUAUUCAACCACCACAGAGCUUUUUUUCCUCCAACUUUUUUUUUCUUUUUUUCUUUCUUUCUUUUUUUCUUUUUUGUUUUUUUAAAUGCCAUAAAAUGGUUGUCCAAAUAAGAAACAGCUCCACUGUUCUGCUUUGUAUACUCACGUGCUGGAAGUAGAAAUGGACGCUUAUUGAAGUACACGCUGUUUCUAUCCGGGCUUGGCUGCAGGGAUACUUUGAGAAGAAUAUUUCCAAAUUUCCACAAGACAGAGAACGUACCUGAGUCAGUGUUCCUAGAAGUAAAGCUGAUCCAGGAUCGGUUGUGGGCCGUUCAUAUCCUGAUGCGGUGUGGAAAGUUCUGGAGCUAGUGCGAGAUAUCCAGGUGCUUCUUCUCCGCAGUGUUUUACACACAUGAUGAAGAAAAGCAGCGUUUUCCAGCAACCAAAGAUCUAAAAGCUCAGACGCACCACUAACGAGAGCUAGAAUAUAAAUAAGUGAUCGUUUAGCACGGUUCUCCCGGCACACUCACUCUCUCUGUCUCCUCUUCAUUCUCUCAAAAAAAAAUAA